GUGAGACUUCGGAGGGCGAUCCAUGCCUUACUUCGCCGGCAUGUUCCCAAGUAGUAAAUGCUGCCAGCAAAGGACACUAUCACCAAUAUACACCAAGCCGUACUUGGACGGAGUAAAUCUUAUAUCCUUCUAUUGCACUUCGGAUGUCAUUUUACUGAGCGUCCCGACGGUUUUACAUCGAAGCCAGCUGAGGACAAGUACAGCUGUCAUUGAAUACUCAGCUGUAUUCAUUGGCUUAUACACAUGUGAAGGCUAUGUGAUGAGCUUUGAGAUAUUUCUGAUAAAGAAUUAUCACGCACAGCCACAUGACAACCUCGUCCUAAUCAAGCUGUGAACCGAGAACCAAGGAAUCCC